AUGAAUUUAGCUCUCACAUUUGUGGCCUUUGCAGUAGCAUCAGCUCAACUGUUUCCUGGUUUUGGAGAUGAUAAUGCUCCUAGUAGCUCUGACUUUUGGGAUCAGUUUGGCACUGAUUUCCCAGACGAUCGGACCCAGACACAGGUUGUCACAGUCACUGCAACUUCAGAGCCUAUCAUCACGAUGCCUGCCUAUACGACAUUUGUCUUUGAGACUAUUCCUUACAUGAGUUACACUAAAAAGCGCACGACUAUUCUCCCCACGCCGCUCAACCCUCCAUCUGACGCUUUAACUUCUUGGGCAACUGACUACUUCCCUCCUUACAUUGAUACCAGAAGCUUUCCUGACUUUGAUCCUGUAUCUACCGUCACAGCAACUCGGUUUUACCCCGGCACUUUUUAUGAUACCAAAACCACGACCGUGGUAGUUACUCAGAGCGAAGCCAGAGCAGGAAUGCCAGUGCAGACUGUUACUGAAACAAUCAAGCCCUUGGCAACAAGAACAGAAACAUGGUGGUUCCCUACGACUAUAACAAACUUUGUUACAAAGACCAAGGCUGUGGGUGCAUCUACAACAACUGUUGUACGUCAAACCAAAACUGUUACUCGAUCUGCUAGUUAUCUCACUGUACCUGCCACCGCCGUCCCCCAAUUGGAACCCGGCAUGCCCGGCCAGUCAUAUCCUCACAUGAAGUCUCUCAAUCUUAUCUGGGGCGAUACUGAUAAUGAUGAGUUCGAGAUCAAUAUUCGUACAAAGCCUAAAGACGAGAAUGAUAUCGGCGAUAACACAGACGACAAUCAGUGGGAUGUCACCUGGCUGGCGACUCGUUCAGCCAAGCCAUCUGAACUGCCAUUCCCGUCUGAUUUUGAUCCUGGAUUCAACGUGCCACCCGCAUGGUGGAGAACGAUGUCGGCUCAAUAUCCCCAGCCAACUAGUACUGACCCAGGCUUCUGGCCACCAGGCUGGCCUGAUUGGAACCCUCAGGGUCCCGAUGACGACUACCCACCAUUUGACCCUGGAUUCGACAGAACACCUUUAGCUUCAGCUACCAUGUUCCCUCCUGGUUACAAUGGUGUUCCUCCUAGCGAUGGAUCUGGUGAUUUUUGGCCCGGAAUCUUGCCACCAAACUUUGAUCCUGGAUUUGACAGAACACCUCUAGUUACACCUACCUAUUUGCCGCCUGGUUAUAAUGGAGAUCUUCCUAGCGAUGGAUCUGGUGAUUUCUGGCCUGGUGGUUUUGAUCCUGGUUUUGACAGAACACCUUUAGCUACAGCUACUUUUUUCCCACCCGGAUACAAUGGAGACCCUCCUCUUGACGGACCUGAUGAUUACUGGCCAGGUAUUCUGCCACCUAACUUGGAUCCUGGCUUUGGCAGGACACCUCUGGCUACAGCUACCCUUUUGCCGCCUGGAUACAAUGGAGACCCUCCUCUUGACGGACCCGAUGAUUACUGGCCGGGCAUUAUGCCACCAAACUUGGAUCCUGGUUUCGGUAGAACAUCUUUAGCUACAGCUACUAUUCUACCACCUGGGUACAAUGGAGACCCUCCUAUGGACGGAUCUGACGAUAAUUGGCCAGGGAUUUUACCACCAGAGGUGACUGCUCCUACCAAUCCUUCUGAUGUAUACGGUUGGUAUUCCGAGGGUUAUCUCAGUGGUUACAGUGAUGGCUAUAAUGUUGGAUUUUCUGAUGGAGUCACUGCUGGCUACGACUACGGUACUCAAGACGGCAGUAACGCAGCCUACGAGUUCGGCUAUAGUGACGGCUACCAUGAUGCCGUUAUUGGAAAAGAUCCAACUUUGAACGGACCACCGGAUAGUGGGUAUCAACUUACGGAUGCUCCCCAUCCAACACGAGGACCCCAGCAGAAUAUUGCUGAGCCGCGCGCCGACAAUAUCUUUAAACUAUCCAAGCAGCAAAAGAAAGCCCUUCGUCCUACGCAAGAUGACAUGGAGUUAGAAAACGAGGCCUAUAAUCAUGCGGUCCGCAGAUUCUGGGGAUCAAAGAGAAGGUGUCAUUGCGGUUGGCGCUGGGGAUGUGACUUCUGUGACAUUUGCCGACCAUGCGAUGAUCCUUGCGAUUCCGAUGACUCUUGUGAUUCUGACUGUGACCCUUGCAGCUCGGGCUGUUCCUGUGGUUCCUGCAAUUCUUGCGAUCCUGCUCCUUGUGUCCCUGAUCCAUGUGAUCCUGAGCCCUGUGUUCCUGAUCCUUGCGACCCUGAGCCUUGUGUUACUGAUCCUUGCGACCCUGCCCCUUGUGUCCCUGAUCCUUGCGACCCUGAUCCUUGUGAUCCUUGCGAUCCUUGUGACCCUUGUGACCCUUGUGACGAUGACUGCGACGAUGACUGCUGUGACGACGGUUGCGACGACGACUGCUGUGACGAUUGUGAUGAUGACUGCGACGAUGACUGCGACGAUGACUGCGACGAUGACUGCUGCGACGACGAUUGCGACGACGAUUGCGACGACGAUUGCGACGACGAUUGUGACGACGAUUGUGAUGAUUGUUGCAGUGGUUGCAGCGGUUGCAAUGGCUGUGGCUGUGGCAGCUGUGGCAAAAAGCGUUGCUGGGGAUGUUGGUGUCUCGGCAGAUGGUGCCCUUGCUCUUGGUUUUAA